AUGGCGUGGGAUCAUCUUUCCAUCACUAAGCCCCAUCUGGUGUAUAUCAUCUUGGGCGGCUUCACCUCUCUGUUUAUGCUGUGCUCCUCGGUCAUCAAGGAGCGUAUGUACAUUGGCGAAGCGACCGUUGCUACGCUGUGCGGUGUCAUCUUCGGCCCCCAUGGCGCGAAUCUGAUCAACCCCAUGACUUGGGGCAAUGUCGACGAAACCACCCUCGAAUUCUCUCGGAUCGUCUUGGUCGUCCAAUGCUUCGCCGUGGGCGUCGAGUUGCCCAAAUACUACAUGGAAAGGCAUUGGAAGUCCGUCAUAUUCUUGCUGCUUCCCGUCAUGACCUUUGGCUGGUUGAUCACGAGCUUAAUCGUCUGGUGGAUGUUCCCGGUGCUCUCGUGGCUCGAUAGUUUGGUGAUCGCUGCUUGCGUUACGGCUACGGACCCGGUGCUUGCCUCCUCGGUCGUAGGCAAAGGAAAGUUCGCGAAACGGGUUCCGAAGCAUCUCAGGGACUUGCUUUCGGCGGAGUCCGGCUGCAACGACGGCAUGGCCUUCCCCUUCAUCUAUCUGGGCGUAUACCUGCUCCAAGAGCACUUGAGCGCUCGAGAAACCACCUUCCAUUGGCUUGUGUACACCGUUCUCUACGAAUGCGUUUUCGGUGCUAUUUACGGCUUCCUGGUCGGGUAUAUCGCGCGACAUGGUAUCAAGUAUGCUGAGAAGCAUGACCUGAUUGACCGUGAGAGUUUUCUCGUCUUCUACUUCACCCUAGCACUCUUCUGUGCUGGUUCUGGAAGCAUCCUAGGUACGGAUGACCUGCUAGUCGGGUUUGCUGCCGGGGUUGGGUUUUCAAAUGAUGGCUGGUUUAGCGAAAAGACGGAGGAAUCCCACGUGUCCAACGUUAUCGACUUGCUGAUCAACUUGGCGUACUUCGUCUACCUCGGCACCAUUAUUCCUUGGGAGAUGUACAACGAUCUGUCCAUCGGCCUUUCUGCUUGGAGGUUGUCUGUCAUGGCUAUCUUUGUCAUAUUGUUCCGUCGGAUUCCCGUUAUGUUGUUGCUCAAACCAAUCAUUCCGGACAUCAAAACUUGGAGAGAAGCGUUGUUCGCUGGGCAUUUCGGUCCGAUCGGUGUGGGAGCCAUCUUCGUUGCCUUGCUUGCCCGGGCCGAACUGGAAACCGAGCACACCAUCCCGCUAGCACAGAUUCCGGAGCCCGGUACCGAAUUUUAUAAUGUGAUUCUGCUGGUGUGGCCCAUCGUCACGUUCAUGGUGGUAUCUUCUAUCCUCGUCCACGGAUCCUCGAUAGCCGUGUUUACUCUAGGCAAGCGAAUCAACACAUUGUCUCUCACCAUGUCGUUCACCACCGCGCCCGAAGAUGGACCCGCGUGGAUGAGCCGCCUACCGCGGAUCUCGUCACAGUCUCGAUCGCAAGCACGAACUAUGUCCGACACCGAUUAUGACGAGAUGAAGAUGCCAGACUUUCCGCCUGGUACGUUGCCACCGACUGGCAUACCUGGGCAAUUCUUGCGACGUCAGCGCGAAGAAGAGAACCCAAGUAGAGCAGGAAGCCGUGCGUCAUCCCUAUCCGGCCGACGUCGGAGUAGAAAGAAGUGGGACGACGGCAUCGGGCCGGGAGGGCCGGUGAGUCAGUCAGCCAUCUUCCCCAAGCGACGGAGUACUAGCGAACCUCUGGAGGCUAUGUCGCCGUCUGACUCUGUGCACCCCGCCUCUCCGAGACAAGAAAGCUCUACCCCGCCGUCGGAAGAACUGCCUGAUAAGGGGAUGGAGAGGGCAGAGGAUAGAAUCGAGCAAGCGCCCAAAAUCAAUCCCGGCCAUCCGCAGCCCCCCAGGCAGGAGCGCAAUGAUAUCGAGAUAUACGAAGAGGGCGAUCAUGUCAUUAUCGAAGAUCGAGAUGGACAAGUGCUUGCUGUAGAGGAAACUGGGCCUCAGCCAACUCCGAACUUGCAAAAUAUCAAAGAAAAGGCCAAGGCUGAGACGCAGAAGCCCGGUUGGACUUACGAGUCACUCAAGAGAAGCAUUGGGAGGUGGCGCGAUGAAGAGGCUCAGAAGCGCAAGGAGAAGACUAAAACCGAACGGAAGCAUGAGCCCGCAAGAGCAUAUCAGUACGGUAACACGAUCAUCGUCGAAGACGAGAACGGAGAAGUGGUGCGAAAAUACGACCUGCCCGCCGGCCGCGGCGAGAGUAAAGAUUAUAUCGCUACGAGUUUAAAAUACAUGGGCAUGGGGGGCCUCAUGAAACCCUCUGACAAGACAGCUGGCGAUGCAGCAGAACCGGAGGCUGCACAGGCUAGUAGCAGCAAGCCCUCGGCCAAGACGAAGACCGGCUGGCCAGGCUUCAAUCGUGGCGGCGCUACCGAACACCCAGUAAAUGGUGCGGCCGACCCCGUUGAAAAUAAAGAGGAAGACGAUCGGGGAAUCCGGUUUACCAUCGGCGGCCAUGGACGGCGGAUGAAUAAAGACGAUUUCCUCCACGAGGUGAGGAAAUUGGAUUCCCGGACGCGUCGCGAGGUUGUCGACCAGUCCACCGCCACGCCGGCGAUCAAGUUGACGGCCAUGGAAGAGCCUGCGGCCAGUACCCCUCUCGCGCACGCAUCCCAACAACCCCAGAUUAGCGUAACCAAAGCGAGUGAUAGCACGCGAGAGACGAGUACAUCUCCCUCCGAUUUAGAGUCCGGUCGCGGGCGUAGCACGACCACCGGCGCCGAACAGGCUGCCGACCCCGAUGCGGUAGAGACGGCUGCCGAGAAGAGACGACGACUCGCGGCAUUUGCUAGCGUCGGAGAGGACUACGAGGCGGGAGAAACGCCGGCUGAGCGGAGGAGAAGAGAGGCGGCUCUCGGCGUGAACAACAACACGGUCGAAGACAGCGACAGCGACGACGAUGAUACCCCUAGAGUACCGCCUGCCAGACGAGGAAUCCGGUUUGCAGAUUCCCCGUCCAACAAGGCUUAGCGCACAUGCGCACUAUUAAAGUUAUUGUAUUUACGAUGACGGGAGAUGACGGAUUAGCAUUAUGAGGAGGAGAACUGCAUGAGAAAACUUGCGUUUUUUUUGUGUGUGUGUGUGCUUUUUUUAGAGCCGAGGGAGUUGGGUAUGUCGUGGCUCAUGCCAACACCAACGUCGCAUACG